ACAGCCUCCUGUACAUUAGAUCGGGCGCGUGACAGCCGUUCACUUGGAACUGCGCGUGAAGGGACAACAGCAGCCAAUCUGACUGAACACACGCGCUCACCAUUCCCCAAGCUGCUCUCUCUCUCUCGCACCCUUUUCCCCAGAGCGCCGUUCUGCUGACUCAGUGCCUUUGUAGAGUGAACCGGUUCCUCGCCACCGAACAGACCUGAGACGCACCAGUCACCGCAACAACUCCAGCCAUGGCCAAAACUGCGAUCGCAUACAAAGAGACGAUGAAGGAGCUGUCCCUCGUCUCCCUCAUCUGCUCCUGUCUCUACCCAGAGGCACGCAAGAACAUCAUGGGUGAGUUUGAAGACAUGGAGGUUAAGCCCAUUAACAAGCGGGCUUCUGGCCAGGCCUUUGAGGUCAUCCUGAAGCCACCCUCUCCCACGGCUGACAGCUCCUACAGCAUCACUACACCUCCUAAAAAGAGGGACAUGUCCCUGGAGGACAUCCAGAAGAAGCUGGAGGCAGCAGAGGACAGGAGGAGAUCCCAGGAGGCUCAAGUCCUGAGGGCCCUGGCUGAGAAACGUGAGCAUGAGCGGGACGUCCUGCUGAAAGCCAUGGAGGAGAACAGCAACUUCAGUAGGAUGGCAGAGGAGAAACUCAUCAUGAAGAUGGAGCAGAUCAAGGAGAACCGCGACACCCACAUUGCAGCAAUGCUGGAACGACUGCAUGAGAAGGAGAAGCACGCUCAGGAGGUGCGCAGAAACAAAGAGCUGAGGGAAGAGUUAACAGCAUGAGCACAUCUCUCUAGACCCACUGUCCCAUCACCUCACAACACUCCCAUCCCCUUACCUGCGACCUCCCGUCCUCAGAGAGACCCCCUCUCACCCCGACACCUCUGCACCAUGUAGAAAAGAGCCUCUGGCACCCCUGCCCUGCCCCGCCCAGACGAAGGGAAUCGACCCUGCCCCCCUCACCAGCAGCAAAUGUUUUUGAUCAAGUUGAAACCAGUCAAAGUGGGUGUGGUUUUUUGUAAAUAUUUCCUAUUUGUUUUAUAUGAGAUAAUUAAAAGUAUUGCAGUGUGCCAUUUUAUAAGUUUCUCUCUGAAUCUUUCUCUUUUAGUGGAUGUACUUGUUUCCUCUCUCUCUCUCUCUCGCUCUCUCUCUCUAUCAGAUCUGCUACAGUUUCUCUUGUACGAGGCUUUAGUGUUUGUGAGUUUGCUGGCUAGCAAUAUCUUCUCUAAACCCAACAAUCAUUUUAGUGUCUCUAUGUCCAUGUGGAGAGAGUAAAAGCCGUCACAGUACGGUACACACAGCUUUAACCGGUCACUAUCAUUGCAUUUACAACAAUCUUUAGCUCUUUCUUCAUACAUUCAUCUGGUAUAUAGUCACAACACACAGACACACACACUUAUAUGAACCCAGUCAGAAUGAUUUCAGUAAAAAAAUGACACGUUGCUUAAGAGGAGCUGUGGUUUGAGCCACACCGAAGUCAUGUGACGUCUCUCGACCCGUGUUUAACCAUAGUCUGGGUUGCAUUGUUGCUGACGCGUAGCAUCAAGUUAACCUUAAAUUCCUGAGAAUCGCUUUAAGUUCUCAAUUCUGAUUCUUCAAAGAUUUAGGGGAUUUCAGAGGGGGAUUUCAGGUGAUAAAAAUGGAUGCCGUGUGUAAAUGUGUGUGUGUCAAGAGCAGUGUGGUUGGAUGGUGUUACCAUGUGCCAUGUGCAAAGUGGCUUUAAUGUCACAAACCUGCCCACCCUCAUCUUUCUCUUCCAGCUGUGUGUUUUAUUCCCUUCACACAUGUAACUUUGAGAGCAUAAGCUGUGGUAAAUAAAGGCUUGGGGUUCUUGAAAUGAGA